AUGUUCGCCACACCGAGAGUAAAGAAGAGCCUGCUUCCGCCCCCCAUUAAGAAGCGCAAGAUCGAACACACCGUGGAGGAGAUCUCUUUCAACCCCGAUGACCGCCAAGAGUACCUCACUGGAUUCCGCAAGAGGAAGCAGCAGCGCAUAAAACGUGCGCAGGAGGAGGCGGCGAGGAAGGCAAAGGAAGAACGGAGAGAAUUGCGGAAACAGAUGAGAGAGGAGAGACAACGCGAGGUCGAAGAGCAUGUGCAAAAAGUCAACGCCCUCCUGCGGCAAUCGGAAGUGGCCGGUGCGAUAGUCAACGAGGAAUCUGACUCGGAGGGGUCAGAGUGGGAGGGGAUCGAAGACCCACCAACGAACGAUAUUAUAGACCACGAGGACGAGUACAUAGACGAGGACAGAUACACCACGGUGACCGUUGAAUCGGUCUCGGUAACAAGAGACGGACUUCAUAAACCAAAAUUGGAGGAAUCGGAGGACGAAGGAGAUACGGAAGAAGCCAAGAGAAGGGAGGCAGAACAGACGAAAGAGAAGAAGAGACCGCCAAAGCAACCGAAGAAGAAGUUCAGAUACGAGUCGAAGAUAGAGAGGCAGAUCACGCAGCAGAAGCUAAAGGCGAAGAAGAAGGCGAGAAAUCAGUCCAGGUAG